GAUGAUGUGGUAAUAAGGUUUUCUACAUUAAAAAAAUUUUUUUAUAUUUCGGAUGCUCUAUUCAGUUUAAAUAUUUCGGUUGUGACUAAUGAAUUCUUAAAUAAAUUUGACAGUUUUGAAUUAAGUAUCACUUAAAAAUUUAAAAAUGAAUUUCCUUGGGCACUGUAGAAAACUUAUUACAAGAAGAGGAAUCUGGUUAUCCCGAAGAUGCUACUCAAGAAUAGAACAGUUGAAAACCGAAAGACGCAGUAUGUGUCCCACAGAUUUAAUUCGACGAGGGGCCGUAUUCGGUAUUUAUUAUGACCCUAAGAAUACCGUUAAUCCCUAUGGGAAAUUAACAGAAACUGCUGAGAAGUUCAAUCAAAGAGUAUGUGGUCGUAUGGAAGAAAUGUUAUUUGUAGCUGGUAUGCCUGUUAAAAAGGGAGAAAUACGAACACUGUUCGAUCUAGAUCCUGAUUUAUGCGCUAUUGUUAUUGUUGGACUUGGCGAAGAAUGCCAAGGUUACGAUAUUGCAGAGCGUAUGGACGAAGGAAAAGAAGCGAUCAGGCAAGCUGCAGCCUUGGGCUGUCAAGAACUACAACGGCUAAACACAAAAAUAAUUUACGUUGAGAGUUUUGGCCAUGCUGAAUCUGCAGCAGAAGGUGCAUCACUUGGAUCAUGGAUUUAUCAAACUCACUUGAGUAAAGAAAAACAACUUAUUAUCCCAGAUCUCAUUUUAUACGAAGAUUGUGAUUGGACUGGAUGGCAAAUUGGGCUACAAAAGGCAGCAGCACAAAAUUUAACGAGGCAAUUAAUGGAAACACCUGCCAAUGAAUUAACACCGUCAAUGUGUGCUCAAAAUGCUGUUGAAAUUUUAUGUAAAUCUGGUAUCAACGUAGAAGUAAAAGUAAAAGCUUGGGCUGAAACGUUAAACAUGAAUGCCUUUGUAGCUGCUUCAAAAGGUUCAUGUGAACCACCAAUAUUUUUAGAAAUAAGUUACUACGGUGCUCACAGAGAAGAGCGGCCAGUAGUAUUAAUUGGUAAAGGGUUAACAUUCAAUAGUGGCGGUAUUAAUUUAAAAUCAUGCGAUGGAAUGAGACUAAUGAGAGGCGAUAUGGCAGGUGCUGCUAAUGUAAUUGCUGUAUGUAGAGCAGUAGCAUCAUUAGAAUUACCAAUAAAUGUCAGAGGUUUAAUACCCUUGUGUGAAAACAUGCCUGGUUGUUCCGCCAUGAGACCUGGUGAUAUAGUACAUGCAAUGAAUGGUAAAUCCAUCGAAAUUGAAAAUACCCGAAAUGCAGGCCGUUUGAUUUUAGCUGAUGCAUUAGUUUAUGCUCAAACAUUUUGGCCACGAUUUAUUUUAGAUGUUGGUACAAUGACAGAAGAUGUAUAUCGUGGAUUGGGUACAGGUGCAUGUGGAGUAUUUACAAAUUCUGAAACACUAUGGAAGUAUAUGGAAGCUGCUAGUAUGCAUACUGGUGACAGGGUAUGGCGCUUACCAUUGUGGAAUCAUUUCACACAUUUAAUAACACAUCGGGAAAAUGUAGAUGUGAGAACUCAAGGUGAUGAGUAUGGUGAAUCGUGCAAAGUAGCAGCUUUCCUAAACGAAUUCGUACCAUGUGGUGAAUGGAUUCAUUUGGAUACCUACGGAGUUAUGUAUGAAGAUGGUGAUGAUCCUAAAUAUUUACGACAAGGCAUGUCUGGACGACCAACCAGAACAUUAAUUGAAUUCUUAUCACAAAUGGUAUGUCAAAGGCCCGACGAAGAAAAGCCAAACAAACCUUGUUAGUGUCCGUUGGUAAUUAUUCCACUGUACCCCUUGCACUUUACAAUAUCAUUGUCUACAUUAACCACAUACACAUUAACUGCAGCCGAAAUAGGUCAGAGCGUCAUGUUUUAAUAUUGUCCUAAAUACUGUGAUUUUAUUUUUUUUUUGCAAUGCAUCAGCUGUAUAGAUUGUAAAUUUGUUGUACUUGUUUUAUUUCAAACCAAUAAUUAAAAUGUACAAAAUGAA